AUGCUCGCUCUCGAGCGCGCUGCCCGGGCGAGCUCAGGCAAGGUAGGUGGGCGCUUGAAUGAUUUUGUCCUCCCUGUCCUUCUCUUCUCUUCGAUACGAUUCGUCGUCAUCGUCCUCACUUCCUCCUUCUCCUCCCAUCUCCCCUUGGGGGCGCGGGUUCCCAGGAGCGCCUGGGAGCAUUGCCCUCUUCCAGCCGCCGCGGCGCGCGUUGGAGCUCGCGCCAGUUUCAAGCGGGCUGUGUUCGUUGUCUUUUCGACACAACCAAGGUGGAAAAAGGAAACGGGGCUGGCCAUUCCACAAUUCGAGCCCUGA